AACAAUUUGCCAUCUCUGUCGGACCAAGUAUUUUACAAGAAUCUCGCGUCGUUGGAAUACAGGCACAGCAGAAACUCAUAAAACCGGUUCAUGCUUUUAAUAAAUCGACGUGCANGCCUCAUGAUUCAGCAUCUCCAUCGGAUCAAGUGGAAAUGUCAUUUCCUCAAGCUGCAGCAAUGUUGUGGAAGAAAAAAUUGAAAGAAGCAGCUGCAAAAUUGAUUCGAUAUUUUAUUAGUGUUAGUGUUGAUUUAAAGCAGUAUAUUGGUAUAAGCAAGGAAUGGAUUUGGAUUGUUGACUUUUUACAAUCUUCGAUUGGAUGUUCCACUGACGACAUUUUUUUGACAUUGAUGAAAAUACGAACGCCCGACACAUUCAAUAGAUUAGGCGAUUAUUUUGGAUUGUCAACAUCACAGGCUAGCAAAAUAUUACAGAAAACAGUAAAACAUUUAGCUGAUUACUUGAAAACUCUCGUUUUUUGUUCAGAAUCGGAAGUGAUUAUAAAGAAUUUGCCUAUUGCAUUUCGUGCAUACUAUAGUCAUGUUCGUAUUAUAGUUGAUGUUUUUAAGGUCUAUAUCGAAACACCAACCAAUCCAAUGCAUCAAGUAUUACCAUGGUCGCAGUACAAUCAUAAUAAUACUGCAAAAUUUUUGAUAAGUUGCACUCUUGACGGAUUUGUCUCUUUCAUGUCUCGUGGCUACGGAGGCCGAACGAGCGAUAUUAUACUUUUCAAGGAGAGUAAAAUAAUGGAUAUUAUUCCUGAAAAAAGUGGUGUAAUGGCAGACAGAGGAUUCAAAGAGAUUCAAACUAUUUUACAGAAAAAAAAAAGUGAGUUGAUUCGUCCUCCUUCGGUUUCUAGUGCCACUAAAUUUUCUAAGACGGAUGUAUUGAAAACAAAAAGCGUGGCAAGUUUAAGGAUUCACAUUGAAAGAAUCAUACAAAGGGUUCAAGAGUACAAAAUGUUGUCGCCGUAUGCUUGUGUGGAUUGGAACUUGUUGCCAUAUAUCGAUGAUAUAGCAAUAAUUGUAGCAGAGCUGGUGAAUUUGCAGAAACCAAUCAUAAAAAAAUAA